AUGGCAAGAAGAAAUGUCCUCAUUACUGGUUGUUCCUCAGGAAUUGGACUGGCACUAGCUGUAAAAAUGGCAAAAGAUGAACAGAAAAGAUUUAAAGUGUACGCCACAAUGCGGAAUCUGGCCAAGAAAGAGCCCCUUGAGGAAGCUGCAGGUCGCAGGCUGGGCAAAACCCUCGAAAUUAAACAACUGGAUGUCUGUGACGAAGAGUCUAUUAAAACUUGUGUGAAUAGUAUCCCUGACAGAAGGAUUGAUGUCCUAGUUAGCAAUGCUGGAAUGGGGCUCAUUGGACCUAUUGAAUGUCAGACCAUAGAAGAAAUGAAGACUGUGAUGGAUACCAACUUCUUUGGACUGGUUCGACUCCUGAAGGAGAUUUUGCCUGACAUGAAGAAGAGAAAGAGCGGGCACAUAGUUAUAAUAAGCAGUGUUAUGGGAAUACAAGGUAUCUUAUUUAACGAUGUUUAUGCUGCAUCCAAGUUUGCUGUGGAAGGAUUCUGUGAAAGUUUAGCUAUACAAGCACUCAAGUUCAAACUGCAGUUAAGUCUGAUUGAACCAGGCCCUGUAGUUACAGAGUUUGAAAGAAAAGUGUUUGAAGAUGGAAUGAAAAUGGAUCUUUCUGCUGCAGAUGAGGAAACAGCUGAGAUGUUCACUAAUAUUUACCUUAAAAAUUACAAACAAAUUUUCCAGAGCCUAGGACAAAGUGCUGAAGACGUUGCAGAGCAUACAGUAAAAAUCAUUCUUGCAGAAAAUCCACCUUUUCGCCAUCAGACCAACACCCUGUAUACUCCGAUGACAACUCUGAAAUAUGCAGAUCCAAAUGGAGAUCUACCCAUUGAUAUAUUCUACAAAAUGGUUUUUCAUCAUGACAAAGUCUUCAGUGCAAGUCUUAACUUUAUCAAAUUGCUAAGGUGGAGAAGUAGAAAGAGCUUUGACCUGGGAAAACCCUCACAAUGA